ACCAUAAUCCCACCCUAUGUGUUAAGAUGGGCCUCCUUGACCAACCGCGGCUGCCGGCUGCCGACGCCGGGGGCCUUGGCCUCCGCGAGUGGCUGCGUCCUCGUCGAUCGCCGCCGCGGAUGCGGCCGUGCGGGCAUUGAUGCGCCGGUGACUCGCAGGCAGAUCGGGUUAGUCACCGUCUCUCCGCCGCCGUUGUUACCGACGCCAGACGGCCAGAGUGUCCCUAAUCUGUAGCCGGCUGUGUCGAGGUUGGGUGCCCGUCUAGACGAAGCCAAGGUGUUCGACGAAAUGGCUCAACAACGAGGGGGGCAUCACCAGCGGCAUGCCGGACUGCGUAUCCCAGGUAACUGUGCCUUCAACCUUAGGGACGAACAUCUGUUUCGUUCGCAAUACUGUGAUUAUGAUACUGUGCACGAUGAGGCACCCCUGGUGGCAAUGAUAGGUUGGUUCUUCAGAUUAAGGAGAGAUUUCUGGUGUGUGUGCAAGAACAUCUUAUCAGUAGGAGUUCCUUCAUUUUCUUGGCCGGCUGUUCUAAUUGACGAUGCGCUGCCAAUUAAUUGCUAUGUUUUGACCAGUCAACGCAUAGGUCGUUUGCCCAAUGGGCAGGUAUUGCGAUGGUGAUUUGCCACUCGAUACUAGCGACUAUUGACUUGUAAAAUCAAAGCUUGACCGCUUUAUUUUUUAAACAAAUUUUCUCUUGACAACCCAGUCUACUGGUUGGAAGGGACAGAGCACCCUUAUAGGUAGAAAGCGCAUCCCCUUACGCCCAUAUGCCAUUAGUUUUAGCGAGAAAUCUCAUUCAAAUGAAGAAGGGAAACAAGUGCAAGCCUUUGCUGUUGUCCUCCUCCACGGUAAUACUUCUAUCAUCCACCAUCUUCAUACAUCUCGUGUGCCAGUUAGCAUUUGCAACUAGUGCAACAGAUACCCUCCUACCAGGCCAAUCUCUGCGUGGAAACCAAACUUUAGUCUCAAAAGAUAUCUCUUUCAAGCUAGGUUUUAAUUGGUUAUCUGCUUCGUUCGGCAUCUGGUUCGCUAAAUCAAUCUGUCAUGAGUUAGUCUGGGAGCCUGAUAAAAAUUACUCAAUCGGUGACCCUCAAUCUUUAUCACUUACUUUCUUAGAAAAUGGCACCCUACAACUACUGAAUAAUGAUUCUCUUCUUUGGUCAACUCAUUAUGUGAAGAAAACCUCAGUUUCCGUUGUUCUAGUUCUUCUUGACAUAGGAAAUCUUGUCAUACGAGAUGAAACAAAUGAUUCCAUGGUGCUCUGGCAGAGUUUUGAUUAUCCAAGUGAUACGAUACUUCCUGGAGGAGGUCUUGGAUUCAACAAAAUUAUUGGCAAGAAUAUCUCUCUUAUCUCACCUUCCUCUCUUUAUAGUUUAGAGUUAGACACGAGAAGUAGAGGGUUCAUAAUCCGAGAUAUCCCCAGUGGUUCGAUGCUUUCUGGCAAUUUUCCCAGCUGGAUGAAAAUUCGUGAAGAUGGCACCGAUUUUGUAAUGUUCUAUGAUGCACAAACUUACUUGCAUUUGGAUGAUGGAGGGCGUAUCGUUCUUUACAAUCUAGGGGAUUGCUACUCUCCUUUGUGGUUUUAUCCAGAAAAUCCAUUUGGAUAUUGUGGGCCGUAUGGACUCUAUUCUUCUUACUCAAGAUCGUGUGGAUGCCCUAUCGGUUUUGACGCACACAACACAGAAACAAACAGGUUUUUGGGCUGUUCAAGACUAGUGCCUAUUAUUUGUGCUGAAUCGAUGUUCUAUGUAAUAGAUGGCAUCGAUAGCUUUCCUGACAGACCUCAAUUCUUAAUGGCAAAAAGUACUGAAGAGUGUGAAGCUGUUUGCUCAAGCUACUGUUCCUGUAUGGCCUAUGCAUACGAUGUAACAUGCCUAUUAUGGUACGGGGAGCUGUGGAACACCACGAUGUUGGGCUCUGAUUCUGUUGGAAGACAUAUUUACAUACGUGUUAGCCAACAAGAAACAAGUCUUAAGAAUAGUAAGCAUGUUAAUAUUGUUGUACUAGUAGCAGGUAUAUUGUCCCUCAUUAUUAGUGUUGCAUUGAGUUUCUUAUGGAUAUUCCUUGCAAAGUUAUUCGCAACUAGACCAUUAGAUGCCCGGAGUGGCCUCAUGGUCUUCUCGUAUGCCCAAGUGAAAAACGCAACAAAAAAUUUCUCUGAGAAACUUGGAGAAGGUGGUUUCGGCAGUGUUUUCAAGGGUACGUUGCCAGGUUGCUCUGUCAUGGCUGUGAAGAAGCUAAAAUGUGUUUUCCGAGUAGAGAAGCAAUUCCGGUCAGAGGUGCAGACCAUUGGGAUGAUCCAACACACAAAUCUUGUCCGUCUACUUGGGUUUUGUGUUACAGAAAGAAACAGGCUGUUGGUGUAUGAGUAUAUGCCAAAUGGUUCUCUAAGUUCUCAUCUGUUCUCAGACAACUCAGAAACGUUAUGCUGGCAACUAAGAUACUGUGUAGCGCUCGGAACUGCAAGAGGUUUGGCUUAUCUACAUGAGGAAUGCAUGGAUUGCAUUGUGCACUGCGACAUGAAACCAGAUAACGUACUUCUUGACACUGAUUUCUGUCCCAAGAUCGCAGACUUUGGUAUGGCAAAACUUUUGAAUCGAGAUUUCAGCAGGGCACUGACAACAAUGCGAGGGACUAUAGGAUAUCUUGCGCCAGAGUGGAUCUCAGGACUACCCAUUACACAUAAGGCAGAUGUUUACAGCUAUGGAUUGAUGCUUCUUGAAAUCAUAUCCGGGCGAAGAAACUCGGAGAAGAUCAAGGAAGGGAGGCACACUUACUUUCCCAUCUAUGCUGCAUGUAAGGUGAAUGAAGGUGAUGUUAUGUGCCUGUUGGAUAGCAGGCUGGAGGGAAAUGCUGAUGCAGAGCAGCUGGAAAGAGCUUGCAGAAUUGCAUGCUGGUGCAUUCAAGAUUAUGAGGAUCAAAGGCCAAUGAUGGGGCAAGUUGUUCUCAUGCUAGAGGGUGUUAUGGAUGUUUUAGUCCCUCCUAUUCCGAUGUCACUUCAGAACUUUGUGGGCAUGGAGGAUCACUCUACAGAUCUGGAUACCUUCUGAAACAUCUUCUUUUCUUGAUUCAUGUUUGAUAUAAUGCAACUACACGAAGUCUGUGCUUUUCACGUUUGUGAAACACACAGAGCUGGUGUUCACUGCAGUUUUAAGCGCUGUCUUCAGUUUUUUUUUUUUUUUUUUUUUUUUUUUUUUUUUUUUUUUUUUUUUGAAAAUAUGCAUAAUGGCAUAAGGUGUGCGUAUCUUUGUAUUAGACUCGAGGGGUUUCAGUUCAUGUUUUUUUGUCAAGUGGCAAGCUCGUUCGUUUAUGGAAGUGUAGUCUGUGGGCAUGCGAUGUCACGCAAUGUAUCAUGUAUGCAAGGCAUAAUAUUCCGAGUUAUUGCUUUUCCUCUAUGUAACAUUGUGAAUUGUUGAUAGCGGUAUGCUCUAUGUUCUUGUAAAUAUUUGAGGAACUUGCAGCAUGACUGAUGGCUUGAGGUUGAACAAAGGAUGUUGAUCCUGGAUCUCCUGGGUAGCCGUGGUCUUGUGUAGUUCGGAUCAGAUCCUAAAUUGUUUGAGCUUUUCUACAGUUGUUAAGAGGACAUCAGGAGAGGAGACAUCAAGAUUAUUAUGAAGUACUGAGAGGUGACUCUGAUGCGCAGCCAAUCCUCCGCGAUGUAGCGGUAAGCCACCUCCGUCAUGUGAACCAUGUCCCAGAAGAGACGAGCAGAAGGAUCCUCGCAAGUGAUCGCGCCCUGAUUGCCACAGAGAGCAGUCCCAGGCCCUCCACAACAAAUGGUGACUGCACCAUCUCCAUGAUGGGGCUGAAGAAAUCGGCGUAGAUGAUGCUGGCAUCCGGGUGCCUGGCCUGGAGAUUCCGAAGGGAUUGUUGCAGCAGCGAGUUGUGAAGAAUAGCUAGCUCGUUCUGCACCUUCAGGCAGCCGGUGACCGGGUCGUAGUCAUCUGGGCCAGCUUGAUCAGCAAACAUGGCGAGAAUUAGCGGCGUGCAACCUGACGGUGUCAUGCCUGGAACGACCAAACUCUUCGCCCCGUGCUUGAUCAGCCUCUGCCAUCAUUAGCCGAGUUCAUCGGGUGAUCGGUACUAAUAUUACUUGUAGUAUUCAUUUCAGUUCCAGAUUAAUGUCACAUGAUUGAUUAUCAUGUACUAGAUAAUUAUUACCUCGAUGGCUAUGGAGAUGGUUUCGAUGAUAUAUGGGACGAACGAUCUGAUCUCUUCCAUGCUCUUCUUCCUGAAGAAGAACUCGUAAUCGUUGAAUCCGAAUUCGCCGACGAAGAAGAGGGAUCUCCCGAAGAAAUCCUUGCAUUCUGCAGAGCAAAGAGCGAAGGCUUGAGCGACUCGAACCAGCCCAGCUGAACGCCGAGGCUGGUGUUGACCGGGAACGGGCUGGCGCCCGGAGGAGGAUCGCCGGCGUGGAAGAUGCUGGAGUCGAGGGCGGUGGCGGCGCCAACGGCGAAGUUUGCGCCGCGGCGGAAGCUCCCGUUGUAAGCCAAGAAUGGCGGCAAGAGCGGCACCCCCAGGCGUUCGGCUGCAAGCAAGCAAGCAAACAGAGAAAAUCAAAAUCCACCAUGAUCACAACAAAAUUGACGAUUGCCACAUCGAUGAAUCGACGGCGGGGGAAGAUGAUCGGACCGACGAAGUCGACGACGAGGCGGCCGUCGCAGUUGCGGCCGGUGGGGUGGCCGAAGAAGGUGGAGCCGUACGGAGGGCGGGUGACGGGGUCGAAGACGGAGUACCAGCCGAAGACGACGGGGUUGUUGCCCGUGUCGGCGAAGGAGUCGCCGAAGCUGAAGAUGGCGUCGUAGCGCCGAACGGAGAGGGAGGAGGCGCCGGCGCCGGCGCCGGCGGCAUGCAGCGACGACAGAGAGGAGAAGAGAGACGACGGCGGAGAGCCAUAACAUGGUCAUAUUUCGUGUUCUGCUCGAUGCGGCCUGUCGGUAACUCGGUACGUGUGGACAGAUUAUUGGAGGAACACUAUAACAAAAUAGGGACAUUAUGACUCCUUCCCUCUUUUAAUUUCUUUUUUUUUUAAAAAAAUACGUGCAACAUGAACUUCAAGAUGGGCCAUGCAUAUAUAUAUAUACACUAUGAAUUUAA